AUGAAUUUAGAUCUCUUGGAAACCUUCGGACAGAACUAUCCUGAAGAGUUCGAUGGCUCCCUGGACUGCAUAUCGUUGGCCUUGACGUGUACCUUCAAUCGCUAUGGAACAUUGCUAGCGGUUGGUUGCAAUGACGGCCGAAUUGUCAUAUGGGAUUUCCUGACGAGAGGCAUAGCAAAAAUCAUAUCUGCUCAUAUCCAUCCAGUCUGCUCAUUGGGCUUCACAAGGGAUGGACGUAAAUUGGUAUCCGCAUCCACGGAUAAUACCGUGUGCGUAUGGCAAAUCAUGACUGGAGAAUGUCUGCAGAAAUACACAUUUCCCUCACCGAUCCUGAAGGUGCAAUUCCAUCCGCGGAACGAUGAAUUGCUGCUCGUGUGCCCGAUCAAGUAUUCGGCCGUGAUCGUAGACACCUCGACCGGAGAUCACAAGCUCGUUCCCUUGGACGACGAGACAGAUUUGAACAUUGUCGCAGCGUUUGAUCGUCGAGGCGAUCACGUUUUCACCGGGAACGCGAAGGGAAAACUCGUGGUCGUUCGACUGAGUGACUACAAGAUAGUCGCAUCGUUUAGACUCACAACGGGAACUCAGAGCGCGACAGCUAUAAAAUCCAUCGAGUUCGCGAGGCGUGGAGAUCAUUUUCUAUGCAACACGGCAGACAGAGUCAUUCGAGUCUAUGAUGUGAAGAAAGUUCUGCAACAGGGCGAAGACGCCGACAUAGAACCCAAUCAGAAGCUGCAGGAUCUCGUCAACAAAACGACAUGGAAGAAGUGUUGUUUCUCGGGUGACGGCGAGUUCAUCUGCGCAGGAUCAGCUCGCCAGCAUGCGCUUUACGUCUGGGAGCGGAGCGUCGGCAACCUCGUGAAAAUUCUCCACGGAACCAAAGGAGAGCUCCUGCUGGACGUCGUGUGGCACCCGGUGAGACCCAUAAUCGCCUCCAUCUCAUCUGGAGUCGUCUCGAUAUGGUCGCAGGCCCAAGUGGAGAACUGGUCGGCUUUUGCGCCAGAUUUCAAAGAGCUCGACGAGAACGUCGAGUACGAGGAGCGAGAAAGUGAAUUUGAUCUCGAAGACGAGGACCGCUCGGUGCACGUCGAUAAUGACAAGCACGACGAGAGCUCCGAAGUCGAUGUCGAGACCGAGGAGCCGGUGGCAGCGUAUUGCUCCUCGGACGAAGACGGAGAGGCCGUCAAAAAAGCUCUGCUUUAUUUGCCCAUAGCACCCGAUAUCGACGAGCCCGAGGAGGGUUGGGGUGGCGAUGGACCUGUGAUUUCGACGGGUCAUCUGACGUCACCACCGUCGGAUCCACCUGCCGCAACGCGAUGUCAGAAGUCCUUCGACAUUCAGCUGAAGAACGCCCCUGUUGGUGAAACCCAUCCGCUCGUUGGGAACGGGAAGAAGGGAACGGCAGCAGCGGCGAAACCGAAGCAGUUGGAGAGACAGUCUAGUGGCGGCGCCGCUCCAAAACCCAGCUCGAAAGGUCUCAAAGACAAACGCUACAAAAGAGUCAAGGUUCACGAUGACUCUUCGUGGGAUGCUGAGCACGUCAGCAAUUCGCCGAGUGGCAUGUAGAGGGAAAAGGAAUUUUUCACUUAUCCCUCAGUGUGAGCGAGGAUAGAAGUUCGAUCAAAGAAACGAUUUGUG